AUGUCAUUGAGUGUCGACUUUGAUCCCAAGCCUAUGGCGAUUUCAUCCAUCAUUUCAACCACUUCUUCUGCUGGUUCGGCCAACAGCAGCCAUGCAUCAUCAUCAUCCACCUCUUCUUCUUCAUCAUCGUCUAGCCACAAUAGCUAUCAAUCAAGCACUCCACCCUCGUCAUCUCCAUCUUCGGUGCCGAGUUCGCCUGAGAACAAGUACAACCCAAUGAUAAAUCAUGCAUCUGCUUCACCCACACCCCAUCACCACCAUCAUCACCAUCACCAUCAUGCAUCGCAUGUGCCACCACCACCCACUUCCCCGGCAUUGUCACUUCAAGAACGUCGUCAAAGAAACAAGGCAGCAUCUGCAAAGUAUCGAGCAAAAAAGAAUCAGCAAUACAGCGAGAUGCGAUCAUUGAUUGCAUCUCUCACCAAGGAAAAUGAGCUAUUGUCACGACAACUUGAGCACAUGCGUCGAGAAAAUAGUCGUCUCAAGGUUACAUGUGAUCGAUUGCGAGGUAAAAAGGUUGCAGCGAAAAUCCUAAAACAGCUGCUCGCAUCAAAAUCAUCCCAAGCCGAAGCAUAUGGUCCAUUGCAAUUUGAUUUGAAUGAAGAGGACGAUGAUGAUGAGGAUCAUGAUGCUGAUGAGAUGGAUAAUCAUCAUCGUUGA